AUGGCAGAAGAAACCUGUUUCAUGAGAGAGCACCAUCCGAUGAGUGGAUAUAAUGGUAGCUACUGCAGGUGUGUUGAUCUUGAUGACAGUGGGCUGAAAAUGCUACAUGAUUUAAAAUCUCAAAGCAAAUUCCUUCUCAGAACGGUUGCUAUCCCAGUGGUUCCCACUAUCAGAGUUUUGGUUACUUUUACAAAAUUUGAGGAAUUAGAGCCGUUGGAUGAGUUCUCAACACCCCCUUCAAGUCCUACUGCUUCAGGCAGGGUGAGCCCAGCAGUGAUGCAGUCCACUAGCUCAUCUUGGUUUCAGUGGAUGAAAACCCCCUAUCGCCUCCCGAGUUCUUCCACUGUUAGUGCAAGCAGUCGGAUAGAAAACAUUCAAGACCCAUUUGCAAUUCCUCCAGAUUACACAUGGAUUACAGCUGAGGCAAAGAAAAGAAAACUGCAGGAGAAGAGCAAAUCAAAGAAAGGGAAAAGACAAUCAGUAGCUUGAGAUGAGACUAUGGUCCAUGUUGUAUGAAGUAGAUUUGUAUUGCUAAACGGUCUGGACUUCCCGGGUACGACGGAGUGAGAAAAUUGUUUUAUUGAUCCACUAAUCUGCAAUACUUUAUGUGCAAGAGGUCAGUGUCAUGCUGCUUCAUAUAGAUGUGAUGAUCUCUUGUUGGAUGAAAAUCUUGUAUAUUAUUGAGGGGGUAUAAAAAGUUGGAAUUCUUGCAAAUGUUUGUAACCAAGACGGAAGAUUUGUUUCACUUGUGGUGGAUGAUUCCACCAUUUACAUUACUUGAUUACUUCUUUCCACAGUGUGUUCUGAUGCAAACUCACUUGUUUAUUGCUGACAAGAUGACAGAUUUUGUUGCAACUGUG